AUGCUAAGUUUAGUACAAGGCAUUUUUUCCACCAUAGUAUUGGUAGAAUUUAUUCUUGGACAGUUUGCUAAUAGUUUCAUAGCACUAGUGAACUUCAUUGGCUGGGUCAAGAGACACAAGAUCUCCUUGGUUGACGGAAUUCUCACUGCUUUGGCAGUCUCCAGAAUUGGUUUGCUCUGUGUAAUAUUAAUACAUUUGUGGUUAUUGGUGUGUAAUCCAGUGUUACAUAAGUUAGAUUUGAGAGCUAUUUUAAUUGCCUGGAUGGUAACCAACCAUUUUAGCAUGUGUCUUGCUACUUGCCUCAGCAUGUUUUAUUUGCUCAAAAUAGCCAGCUUCUCUAGCCUUAUUUUUCUUCAUCUCAAAUGGAGAGUUGAAAGAGCAGUUCUGGUGAUACUGUUUGGGAGUUUAGUCUUUUUGGGUUCUGAACUUGCAAUGGUAAAUACAAAUGACAGAAUAUGGAUGAGUAUAUAUGAAAGAAACAAGACACUGAAAGCUGAAUUGAGUGGCAGUAUAAGCCUCCCACACCUGAUUGCAUUCACUCUUGCAAACUUCAUACCCUUUACUACAUCCCUCACCUCUCUUCUGCUGUUAAUCUUCUCCAUGUGGAAACAUCUCAAGAAGAUGCAGCUCAAUGGCAAAGGAUCCCAAGAUCCCAGCACAAAGGCCCACAUAAAAGCCAUGCAAACUGUGAUCUCCUUCCUCUUGCUAUUUGCCAUUUACUUCCUGUGUCUAAUCAUAUCUGUUUGGAGUUCUAAUGAGCAGAAGACCGUUGUGCUUUGCCAGACUAUUGGAAUGGUUUAUCCUUCAAGCCACUCAUUUGUCCUGAUUUUUGUAAACCAGAAGCUAAAAGAGGUCUUUCUGUCAGUUCUGCGGCAACUGAGGGAAAGGUUCUGGCUAAAAGGAAGGAAACUCUCAACUUCAUAG